CAGAGCGUCUGAAAAGAAACAAACGGCAUUCCCCGCGAAAUGAGCGACAGAACCCUAGAGAGUGAAGAGGAGAUGGGCGAGAAAGAGAGAGAGAUUCAAGUUCGAAGUCUAACAGGCGAAUCAAUGACGCUCUCAAUCUCAGAAAGCAUAAGAAUUGAUCAACUCAAGCUUCUUCUUAAACAAACUUUCCCCCCUGCUUCCUCUUCCCCAAACUUUCAUCUCUUCCUAAAGGGUAUGAAAUUGAGUCUGGGAAGUCAAAUUAGUCACUAUCCCACCCAUCCUGGGGACUUUUUUAUUCUUAUUCCAUUUACAAAGAAGGAUCAGAAACAAGAGCAGAAAUGCGAGGAAGUUUUGGCAGCGCCAAAUGUCACCAGUCAAUGCUCAUCUUCUAAUAUUGCUCAUUCAACCUGGUCUGAUCUGAUGCAAGAUCUGUCUUGCAUGCAGAAUACUGCUACGAACGAAAAUCAACCUUACGCAGAGCUUCAAGGCAUGACUUUUGAUAGUAGAACUGGAGAUAGCAGGAAACAUAAUGUAACAUGUUCUUCAGAGACAAAAUGGAGAACUAAAUCUGUUAGCAGCGAACAUGAAGAAACUGCAAACAGCCUUUUAGAGAGCAUUUUGCAGUCAUCAAGUAAUAAUAUAUUCGAUGGUAAAAAUUGUGAAAGAUUUCUUCACUUAUCCGGAUUAAUUGAUUGUUUAGCCGACCCACUCUCCGGGACAUGCCUGUUAAACAACGCUAUCUCAAAGGACAGUGAAAAGGGACCAUAUCUGAGCAAGGGUGGUUUAUGCUUGUGUCCAUUGUGGAUGAAGGAUAUAAUGAAGAGGUUUUGUUUCCUAAACCUUUACUCAACAGUUCUUGGAUUUCAGGGCAAAUUGGUCACCUUUGUUGGUUUGAAAGGAGCUCUGGACCAACUUACAGAAUCUGGGUUUCAGAUUGGCAUUUUAGACCUUGAGCAACUGUCAGCAUUAUGUCCAAAGGUGGUUCAUUUUGUUGACAGUGAGACAAAAGGAAAGAAAUCUAGCAAUUCCCUUGUAAUUGUAAAAUCUCAACUUGACAACAGUGAUCAAACUAUGCCUACUCGUUCUGCUGCUGAGAAAUGCAUGCCUCUUUCAAAAACAGUCAAUGCAAUGAAGAAAAGGGAUAAUUUUUUCAAAACUGAAUUGUGGAAUACUGUCAAAUCAUUAUUGCGUGAAACUGGAAAUGAUAUGGUCAAGUGCUUUUCUGUGGAAGACGUUAUAAUGUUUGUGAAUGCAAAGUCUGCUGCAAAUAACACAAAAGCUAAACGGCCUAGAAGUUGCACAUCUGCUCCAUCAACUUCUGUUUCUAUGAAAGAAGUCUGUCAUGACACACAACCGUUAUCACCUAUUGAAAUGGUGGAACAUCUGAGAAUGGGUAUUGGAUCUAAAGGACAGAUUGUUCACAUUGAAGAUAUACCUGGAAGAAAAGCAGACUAUGUUGAGAUCCCAGUUGAACUAUCAAAAAACGUGAAAUCUGCACUUAAACGUAACAGGAUUACUAGGUUGUAUAGCCACCAGUCAGAAUCAAUCAAAGCUUCUCUUGCUGGAAAAAAUGUUGUUGUGGCAACCAUGACAUCCAGUGGGAAAUCUCUUUGCUACAAUCUUCCAGUCCUGGAAGUACUAUCUCAGGAUUUGUCUGCUUGUGCUUUUUACCUUUUUCCAACAAAGCUCAAAGAUCAACUGCGAGCUUUGUCAGAAAUAGUGGAAGAGUCCAAUACCAACUUAAAUAUUGGCACAUAUGAUGGUGAUACGUCUCAAGAAGAUCGGCUGUGGUUGAGGGACAGUGCUAGGCUCUUGAUAACGAAUCCAGAUAUGUUGCACAUGUCUAUCUUGCCAUUCCAUGGACAAUUUAGGCGAAUUCUAGAAAAUCUUAGGUUUGUCAUAAUUGACGAAGCCCAUGCUUACAAGGGAGCAUUUGGUUGCCAUACUGCUCUAAUUUUGAGGAGACUUCGUCGAAUCUGUGCUCAUGUGUAUGGCUGCAAUCCGUCAUUUGUGUUUUCUACUGCAACUUCUGCCAACCCCCGCGAGCAUACGAUGGAACUUGCGAAUUUAUCAGCACUUGAGCUGAUUCAGAAUGAUGGUAGCCCUUCUGGUCUCAAGCGUUUUGUCCUUUGGAAUCCACCUUUGUGCCUGAGAACUGUUUCCAAGAAGAGUAAGACCGGCGCUGGAACCAAUAAAACUUCUGAGAAAAGUGUUGUUGUUGGACGUUCAAGUUCAAUUAUGGAGGUUUCCUAUCUCUUUGCAGAAAUUGUUCAGCAUGGACUUCGUUGCAUUGCAUUUUGCAAAACACGGAAACUUUGUGAACUUGUGUUAAGUUAUACACGCGAGAUUCUUCAGGAGAGUGCUGCUCAUCUUGUGGACUCUGUUUGUGCUUAUCGUGCUGGCUAUAUUGCUCAGGAUCGAAGAAGGAUCGAAACUGAAUUCUUUGACGGGAGACUUCUUGGCGUUGCUGCGACAAAUGCCCUUGAGUUGGGCAUUGAUGUUGGGCACAUUGAUGUGACUUUGCAUCUAGGUUUUCCUGGUAGUAUUUCAAGCUUAUGGCAGCAAGCUGGAAGAGCCGGGAGAAGGGAAAAACCAUCAAUAGCGAUAUAUGUAGCAUUUGAAGGCCCAAUGGAUCAGUAUUUUAUGAAAUUUCCUCAUAAACUCUUUAAGAGCCCUAUCGAGUGUUGCCAUAUCGAUGCAAAUAAUCCUCAGGUUCUUGAACAACACUUGCUCUGUGCUGCUCACGAACAUCCAUUGAGCUUACUCCAUGAUGAAAAGCAUUUUGGUCCGGGAUUAAAGGAUGCCAUAUUAACACUUCAGGCUAAAGGGAACCUGAGUACUGAUGCAUCCCGUGGAUCUUCUGACAAAAUGUGGUGCUAUAUAGGUCAUGAGAAAACUCCUUCGCACGCUGUUAGUAUACGGGCUAUAGAGUCAGAGAGAUACAAAGUAGUGGACGAGAAAAAUGACGAAGUUCUGGAGGAGAUUGAGGAGAGCAAAGCAUUCUUUCAGGUUUAUGAAGGUGCUGUUUAUAUGAAUCAAGGGAAAACUUAUCUGAUUAAGAAGUUGGAUAUGUCAAAUAAAACUGCUUUGUGCCAAGAAGCAGACUUGAAAUAUUAUACAAAAACUCGGGAUUAUACAGACAUUCAUGUCGCUGGUGGUAAACUUGCAUACCCGGCAAGAGUUUGCAGUGGUGCAUACCCUAGAACAAGUGCUCAGGCACAUAAUUGCAAAGUAACAACUACGUGGUUUGGUUUUCGUCGUAUAUGGAAAGGAAGCAAUCAAGUGUUUGACACAGUUGAACUUUCUCUUCCUGAUUACUCCUACAAUUCUCAGGCGGUUUGGAUUCGAGUCGCACAAUGGAUAAAAAUGAGUGUUGAAACUAAAGGAUAUUCAUUUCGUGGAGGAUUGCAUGCUGCUUGUCAUGCACUUCUUAAUGUAGUACCUCUAUAUAUCAUUUGCAACUCAUCUGAUAUAGCUUCAGAAUGUGCAAACCCUUAUGAUACUCGCUAUGUUCCUGAAAGGAUUUUGUUAUAUGAUCCACAUCCUGGUGGAACCGGCAUUGCAACACAGAUUCAACCUCUUUUCACUGAACUGAUGGGUGCAGCUUUGGAACUUCUCAUAUCCUGUUGCUGCUCUGGCGAUGCUGGUUGUCCAAAUUGUGUUCAGAAUCUUGCUUGUCAAGAAUAUAAUGAGGUUUUGCACAAAGAUGCAGCUGUGAUGAUUAUUAAGGGUAUUCUGGAAGAGGAGAAAUCUUAGUUUGGGGAAGUACAUAAUUUCAUGUUAAGCAGCCUUAGUAUAGUUUCUGGCUGUUUUACAUAUCUUUGA